AUGAUCGCCGCAGUGGUCCUCGCUCUCUUGAUACCUGUUUUAUUUGUUUAUUACUACAAAAAUGCGUACAAAAGGCCGAAGAACUUUCCACCAGGACCUCCGAGUCUGCCCGUAUACGGAGCCUUCUGGAUUGUCCUAGCUCAUGAGUUCAACGACCUGUCCACAGCUUUCCGCAAGCUUGGACAGAAAUACAAUACAAAGAUUAUAGGAUUAAAUAUGGGACCAGCACAGACCGUCGUUAUUAACGACCCAGCUCUUAUUAAGGAGAUGUUUUACAGAGAAGAGCUGGAUGGUCGUAUGGAUAUAAUACUGUUCAGGUUGAGAUCGUUUUGGAAGAAACUUGGUAUCUUCUUUACCGAUGGAUACUUCUGGCAUACACAAAGAAGAUUUAGCUUACGAUAUUUAAGAGAUUACGGCUUUGGAAGACGUGACAGUACUUUGGAAGCCGUUAUAGCUGAUGAUAUCAAAGAAAUGAUAGACAUGGGACUUAAUGGACCUAAAUAUCCCGCCGAAAAGGAAAUCGUAAAAGGAGACCUAGUGUACCUGCCAUACUUCUUGGCGGCACCAUUCGUGAACGGCAUAGUACAAGUGUUAUCACGAAGUACUCUUCCAAGAUCUGCAUACAAAGACCUAUGGUCUCUCGUACGUGGUGCAAUUAUGUUUCAGCGGAACUCUAAUGAUAUGGGUGGAGCGCUCUCGCUAACGCCGUGGCUUAAAGACGUGCUUCCGAACUAUAGCGGGUACAAUGCGCUAGUGAAAGGCAAUCAAUGCUUGUUGGAUUUUUUUCAGAAAAUCAUCAAAGAUGCAAUAGAAACGCACGAUGAAAACUAUGACCGCCAUUUUAUAGAUAUGUAUUUAACUAAAACGAAACAAGAAAUGAAUCAGAAGAGUACAUAUUCAGUGGAUCAGCUCAUAUUGACGUGCACUGAUUAUAUGUUUCCCGCGGCGUCGGCUGUUCAAUUCGUGCUGACGAUUCUUAUAGAAAGAUUACUGCUGCAGCCUGAGGUCCAAGUGAAAAUACAUGAAGAAAUUGAUAGAAUAGUAGGACGAGACCGGCUGCCCAGCUUGGAUGAUAGACGAAAUAUGCCGUAUGUCGAAGCCUGCAUCCGUGAAAUAAUGAGACAUGAGACUACGGUGCCCUUGAGUGUUCCGCACCGUGCAAUGACUGACACGAAGCUCGGUGGCUACAAUAUACCAGAGAAUACAAUGGUGAACCCGAACCUCACUAUGCUGCACAUGGACGAAGAACUUUGGGGCGACCCGCAGAACUUCCGACCUGAAAGAUUUCUCAAGAAUGGGCAAUUGGACCUCGCUAGCGACAAGUCACUACCUUUUGGAGCAGGCAUGUAUUAA